ACAUAGACCUGAGGAGAUCCUGAUGCUGGAGGAGAGAGAUAAAAUUGCCUUCUCUGGAGGAAGAUCAGAUUUUAAAACAUUGUCCUGGCUGAAACUUAGAGCCGUGAGCUUGCUUAAGCAGAGGCUGAAAUCUUUGCCAAAUUAAGGCUUCAGGCAUGGCUGCAUCCCCUCAGGCCUUGUUUUCCUUGCUGCUUCUGGGCCUGUUCAGCAAUACUGGAAGAGCACAGAGAAAUCCCGAGGUAUUCUGUGGAGCAUGUAAGGCUCUUGCUGAUGAGUUGGAGUAUGAGAUCAAGAAAAUUGGACCAAGAAGGACUGUAAAUUCGGGGACAUUUCGAAUCAACCCUGAUGGCACACGAGGGAAAAAAAAGAUUCCUUUUGCAAAGUCAGAGACCUUCUUAACAGACAUUUUGGAAAAUAUAUGCGAUCGGAUGAAUGAUUACAAACUUGAGGAUGAUCCUGUAACUAAGAAAAAGAUAUUCAAGAGAUAUGCUCCAAGGAAGGAUGAGGAAAUAUAUCCAAUAUAUAAACAAUAUUUCUUUUAUUCUGAUGCUUAUAAACCCUUGAAAUAUGCGUGUGAAACUAUCAUAGAACAGUAUGAAGAUGAAAUACUCUCAGUUAUCACUCGGCAGUCACACUCUCUUGCUGACAAGCUGUGCAUUGAAAAAUCAGGUCUUUGUCAAGAAGAUGAGAUGCAUAGUGAACUCUAAAAGGCAACAAACUUAUUAUUAUUGUUGUUAUUAUUAUUAUCAGCAUCUGGAUGAAGAAUAUAAACUAAAAUAAUUCUAUUCUUUACCUUCCAUUAAUCUUCAUAACAAACCUUCAUAUAGACUGCUAAAUUAACAUGCCUGUUUGUCUUGUCUAUUUCGGAUAUUGGACUAUUUCGGAUAUUCGGAUAUUAGUGGGGAAAAGUCUGCAGCUUAUGAAGCUGCUGUGUCAGUUGUACUCAAAACCCUGCACUUUUCAUAGAAGAAACUGUUAAUUAUGAGUAAAAUUGCCGUUUCAAAUCUAUGUGAGUUGUACUUUUCCAAAACCUGCUGAUUUAUUUUCUGUAGCUUUAGAUCAAUGCUAGGGCAGUUUUCUAAGCCAGAAUGGGACAAUUCACUGAAGCCAACUCUUUACGGCCAAUUCACCAUGGCCAACUCACCACAGAUAACUCACUGCGAGACAACUUGGCAUGGCCAACUCACCACAGGGCAAUUUGCUGUGGGACAAUUCAACAAUUCAAUUUAAUUAGUUAAAAUGGUUGUUUGGGGAAAAAAUAAUUUUUAUUAUUCACAUUUCAUUUUGUCCCUCCUUUGGUAUCUUUUCUUUUAUGAUUCUAUUGCUUUUUCCAUUUUAGUGUAACACUUGUCCCACGGUGAGCUGUUCAUGGCAAGUUGUUAUAGAAAAAUUGAUGUGCCUUAUAUAAAAUUGUUUUACUUAGGAGCAAAGGGUCCUCAUCAGGUUUUAUUACAUCCUGGAUUUGAGAAGAGAAUGGGCAAUGAAAAUGGAGUAAUUGGCCUGAUUGGCUGAUCUAACUGGACAAUUCAACCAGUUCAUAUGGUAUCUUCUUAUGCCUUAUGAUUUUUUUUUUAAAAUCAUUUUGUAAGUAGGUAGCUUAGAUGACUCUAGCGCCAAUAAACCGUGUCUGAUAGUUUGAUUGGAAGGUAUUACUAACUCAGGAAUAUAAUUGUUUAUUGUUUCUUACAUUGUAUAAUAAAGUUUUCCUCAUUUCAGUGAUUGUGGCUUUCAAUUCCUUUUCCCACUUUGCAGUAAUUUCUUACUAAUGCAUGAGUAUGUUUAACAUUUCAUACAUACACUCAGCUAUACUAUUUCCCUUGGAAAAUAUAUUUGAGUGAUUUCCAUUGUAUAUCGCAGUCUUCUUGAGUUACCAUGAAAACUUCCACACAGUUAUGAAAAAAACAUAUUUAUUUAACAUCACAAUAUGAACUUUCAAUCUGUAUUUUGAAAGAGGCAAAGCCAUAGAGUCAACUUUCCAUGGCAGCUGUUACACAUUUUUAUAUUUACAAAAUUUAGGCUGGCAGUGAGAUUCUGAGGAACCUAGUGGACUUGUUUUGACGGUUAAAAUGUUAAAAGUAAGGACAUAUAUACAGGUAGUUCUCGACUUACAGACCACAACUUAGCCCAAAAUUUCCAUUGCUAAAUGAGACAGUUUUUUAAGUGAGUUUUAUCCCAUUUUACAACCUGCCAUAAUUGCUCAAUGAAUUGCUGCAGUUGUUAAGUUAGUAAUAUGAUUGUUAACUGAAUCUGGCUUCUUCAUUGAUUUUGCUUGUCAAAGCUUGCAAAAGGGAAUCAACAUGAUCCUAUAACCAUCAUAAAUACAUGACAGAAGUCAAGCAUCCAAAUUGAGAUCCCAUGACCACAGGGAUGCUGCAAAGAUUGUAAGUGUGAAAAAUGGCCCUACAGUAAGUCACUUUUCAAUGCCAUUGUAACUUCAGACAUUAAGCAAAUGAUCGUAAGUCACAGACUACCUGCAUUAUGUCCAAGAACAAAUUCUUUUAACAUUACCUUGACUUAUUCACAUGAAGAAUGAUAAACUGUCCCCCUAUAGAAACCCCACCCCCAUUGAUAGUUUAAAACUAGUAUGUUUAAAGUCUGGAUGAUAUUUUUGCUGUCUUAAAAAAUAUACAUGGACUUGAAACUCAGUUCCACCAACUUCAUCUUAAUGUGGUAGCGCACAUUUACAGCAAUGAGUUCUAAUUCUUAUGGCUUUAAUAUCUAAAUAUGAUAUAUUAAAUUAGUGGGAUAUACUUCUGAAUAUGAAAAGUGAUUUUCUAUGCAAACAAAGACCUUCAUUGCUCAAUGAAUUCAGAAUUAAUGGCUGUAUAGUACAAUCCUAAUCAAAUCUGUGCAAUUUUCUUCUGAAUAUAUCUG